AUACAUUCUAUAGGUUUCACAAGUCCGUAUCUCCAUUUGCUUCAAUUCAUUUGUCUCCGUCUCAAUAUGGUCUAGGAGGAUUAACAAUCUAGACAAAGAGCUGCGUAACUUCGCCAAUGCUGCGCGCCAGCUCGGGAGUUCCGCAGCGAUUCUCUCCUCCGCUUUCCACCUACGCGAGCGCCUCGCCCACCUGCUUCACCUUUACCGAGAAAAUGCUGCCGACCUCUUUCCCCGAAAGAUCACUCAUGUCACACACAUGAACAACAUUGAGGCUGAAACACAUACGAGGAGGCUACAUCGACGUGCGAAACCCUCGCGGCCCCCGCAGCAUUUCUCAAGGCCGGUCAUCGACGAGAAUUUGGACCUUGAAGACUUUCCAGACCAGUUCGAAGCCCUCGCGAAGGACGUUACUACUUUUAUGAAUUGCUUGAACGAGUUCCCAGAGUUUACGGACGAGGCCGUUAAUGCCUCGAUUUCUGCCUUUGAGGGUGACUUGAAAUAUUGGGCCUCAUGUUUACGUGUGUAUCAAGGACAAUUUCGGUACCCUGCGGUACAGCGAUACAUACACGACCUUACAUCUGAGAUGGGGGAACACAUCGAUAGUAUCACGUCAACCCUAUCUAUGUUCAUCGAAAUUGGGGUGCCGACUAUCCGCUUCGCGCAAAAACACGGGGCCACCAACUUACUCAAUCUCUCUACUGUCGCUACCUUCUUCUCUGCCGUGACAGCGACGACAAUGCAGUUUUCGUACGAACUCCAAGGUAGUACUGCUGCGGCAGUAAACUCUUUCUGGUUUGCUUCCUUGGUAUUUUCAAUUGCAGCCGCCGUGAAUAGUUUGCUUGGCCUCACGUGGAAACAAGCUAUGUAUCGUUCUCCGGGCCAUCGAGUGCCGUGGUGGGUUCUUAUCUGGAUUAAACGCUCCCCUCUUGUAUUCCUCGUGAUGUCUGUGGCGUGCUUUUCUAUAGGCCUUUGUUGUUUUGCGUAUGCAUCCGGCCAACACCACGUUACGUCCACGAUAACGACGGUCUUUACCGCGUUCACCUCCUUUGGUCUCUGUGCCGUGUCUGCCUGGUUUGCAUCCGAACGCUGGACGUUCCUACGUCACAGCGGUAGAAAGUGGCUCAGUGAUGUCCUUCUCGAAGUCACGGACAAAUUUUUCAAUCUUCCUGGCAUGGACAUGAUACGAUUUUGCGUUCGUAAAUUUGAGGAGUCCAUUGACCGAAUGAGCAGCUCUAUAUCAAGAGUUGGCACCAAGACUGUCAGUAUGAUGUCUCAUGGGAGUAGUGGGAGCGACGAUGAAAAGCAUGAUGAUAUAGAAACCGGAACUGGAGCAAUUCUACCACUGACCAGCCCACCGAAUUCUCCCACCUUGAAACAUCGAGGCGCAUCAGAUCCAUUUCCGGAGACUAACGGUACCAUUAGUCCCAGUCCAACAACACCGACAGUUGAAGGAUCUGCUCCUUCAAUUGCAUCAGAAGAGGGGCCUUCUGUCGGUAAACAGCUCUGGAAGAACGCGAUACGAACGGUGAAGAUGCGAUCGGCGGUAUCUUCGAAUAUAGCAGCCAUGGCUAGUGCGAGGAACCCCAAUCGUCAGCGAACGUCAUCAACGUUGACUGGCAGAAAGAGGUCGACUGGGAAUGGUCCUGUGCUGCGUUCUCGCGUUGCAACGUUGACUCCUCAGUUGAAAUGUUUGCAGCCAACGAGGGAUCUCACUGCUCAUCAGGCGCUUGUCAAGCACAUGCAAUUUUCACCUAAUGGGAAAUUUUUGGCUACGUCAAGCUGGGAUAGAACUUCAUUGAUCUUCCGAGUUGGUGAAACGUUCGAAUCACACCGUAUCCUCGCACAUGCAAAAGGCUUCGUCCACCAGGUUGCUUGGUCACCCUCCGGCAAUCUCCUACUGACAAAACUGAGCAAGAGCAUCAAGAUCUGGACGGAGGAUGGUGUAUGCUUGAGAACGAUCGACCGACCUGACACAACUAUUGAAUCAAUAACGUGGUUGCCUGAUGGAACUGGAUUAUUGUCUGUGGAAGGUAGCCACGUAACAAAACUGGAUCUUUUGGGGAAGGUAGUCGGCAAGUACGAUUUCGAAAAUAUGAAGCUCCACGACGUUGCUGUCACUCCUGAUGGUCUACGCCUGUUGGGUAUUGGUCCGCUAACAGCGUCACCUACUGGAUUGAAACCAAGUAAACCUAGAGCAGUCGAGAAACGGCUUGCAGUAUACAACACGCAGACGAAUCAAAUUGAACAUCAAACACCGGUACUUAAUGAUGUCCGUGAUAUCACAUUGGCAAGGAACACGAAGAACGGAUUAAUUGCUUUGGUCAGUUACGAGUACAAGGCACCACCUCAACUAUGGAAAAUUGACAUCGUCAAAGAUCAUCGGGGUGAUGAUUCACAGAUGGUCGCUCGUUUCACUUUACGGCACACAUACAUGCCUAAAGGCUCCGUCGAGUUCGCUGGUCCGAGUUACUUCGGUGGUAAAAACGAUGAAUUGGUCUUAUGCGCAGGAAAAGCUGGGGAUAUACACAUCUGGGACCAAGAAUCUGGAGCCCUGCUACAUUAUGUGCGUCCUCAAGCACUGGGCGGUGACCUGACAUGUAUAGCAUGGAAUCCUGCUGCGGAAGACCCCUACAUGUUCGCCACGGGAAGUCAUGACGGCGCUGUACGGAUAUGGACACGACCCAAGCCCGAGCCUUCAGAUAACGCUGACAACAGUGGCGGGAGUGCCAAUUACACGCCGCGCACGGCGUCACCGAUGCCAUUCGAGAUCGACCGGACGGACAGCCCAUUAUCGCAGCGGGACUUUGAUGAGAUGUCCAUACCGGAGAGCGAUGAUUUGCCCUUGAGAGAGCGUUUGCAAUCCGCAUGUUAAGGCAUAGGGCCAUGGAAUAUGCGCGCUGUAUUUACUGAUUAUUUCAUGCUGUACCUAUAGAAUGAACAUGGACUGGAAACAAAAUUUCGCUAUAAAAAUACAAGUGGGAAAAACAGCGGCUAGUUAACAAAAACUGCGCUCAUUCGUUUACUCCUCGUUUUAGAAUACCCUCAGCUACAAUCAACGCCUGGAGCAACUCUUUUUGACAU